UGAUAAGAAGCCGUAGAAGGCUUGCCACGCGUAAAUAAAACUGAAUGUUAUAAAUAUACGCGUUCAAUUUUGCGGCUGAAUAAUGUUUUCUGUCUAGUUUAUCGCCAGAAGGUUUUUCUGUAAGUAAAAUGACCGCUCCAGAGCAAAUCCCAAUCGGAAUCGACUUGGGCACAUCGUAUAGCUGUGUAGCCGCCUACCGAGACGGAAGAGCAGAAGCUAUCCCUAACGACCAAGGGAACCGUAUAACGCCCAGUGUUGUCGGUUUCCACGAGGGAGAACGCCUGGUCGGUGAAGGAGCGGUGACACAAUGGCAGUUUCAUCCAAAGAACACCAUUUGCGAUUCCAAGCGCAUGAUUGGUCGGAGCUUCGAUGACCAGCUAGUGCAGCAUGACAUUCCCAACUGGAGCUUUCAGGUCGUCAAUGAAAACGACAAGCCGCAUAUUGUCGUGGAAGAGGACGGUCAAGCCAGUCUCAUCACGCCGGAGCAGGUAAGCGCGAUGGUUUUAGCCAAGAUGAAGGAGACAGCGGAAGCCUCUUUAGAGGCACAGAUUUUCGAUGUGGUUAUCACGGUGCCGGCCUAUUUUACGGAUGCUCAGCGUCAGGCCACAAAAGAUGCCGCUGCUAUCGCGGGAUUGAACGUUCUGCGUAUGGUCAACGAACCGACAGCGGCCGCUAUCUGCCAUGGAAUGGAAAAGAAAUACAAAAAGGCACAGAAAAUAUUGGUCUUCGACUUAGGGGGUGGUACGCUAGACGUGUCAAUUCUAAUUGCCGAGCCGAACAUGAAAUUCACGGUGAUGACAACGCACGGUGACCCGCACCUUGGAGGAAAGGACUUCGACAACGCAAUCACGAACUAUUUAGCCAAGGAAUACGAGCAGCAAAAUAAUAUGACAUUUGCUGAUGCGCCGGAAGCUCUACAGGGUCUCCGUCAAGCGGUGGAAGCCGCCAAGAAAACGUUGAGUUUUAGUCAACAAGCAAAAAUGGCCAUCCCAAACUUCUUGAGUAAUGACCACUACAAGCGAACAAUUACCCGCGAAGAAUGGGAGACAGUCUGUAAAGAUUUGUUUGAUCGCAUACUAAUUCCCGUGGAUGCCGCCAUCAAGGAUGCUAACCUGACUGUAGCCGAUAUUGAAGACGUGGUUCUAGUUGGCGGAUCCAGUCGCAUCCCGAAAGUCAAAGAAGUCUUACAGCAGUUCUUUUCCGGAAAGCAAUUACUGCAUAGCGCACACCCCGACGAAUCUGUCGCGCGCGGAGCGGCCAUUUAUGCAGCUAAACUAAUGGGCGACAAGACCGGCAAUGCGCAAUCUUUGGCCCUCGUUGAUGUGACACCAUUUACAUUGGGAAUCGAAAUUCAUGGAGGAGAUAUGAAGGUUUUCUUCCCCAAAAAUACUCGUCUGCCAGCGCAAACCAGCGACAUUUUCACGACGGUAUAUGACAAUCAAGAGUCUGUCAAAGUGCAGAUAUUCGAAGGAGAAGCCGAUGUCGCUAAAGACAACCGUCUACUUGGUGAGGUGGUGCUGAGUGGCAUCGAGCCGGCACUGCGUGGAACUCCUCAGAUUAUGGUCACGUUCGACAUCGACGCCAGCGGAAUACUGAACGUAUCCGCUGUUAACCGGAAAGAUGGCAACAAAGUGGAAGCAACCAUUGACAACGAUAAGUACAAUCUGUCGCUUGCGGAGAUUCAACGCAUUGCCGACAGUCUUACUGAAGGAACGCCUGAUGAAGAGCUGAAGGCACAGGAGAAAGUCUUGUGGAAUCGUUUAACCGAGUACAAAAAUUCUGUGGCGCAGACGCUGGCAAAAUAUAAACAGAAGCUGUCUUCGCAAGAGCUACAACGCGCUAACGAGUCUUUGAAAGAACUGGAUGAAUGGAUGGCCAGUCACCCGGAGGCGAACAAAGCGGUUAUAAUCAGCAAACACCAGGAAGCGAAUCGGAAUUUUCGCGCUGUGAUGUUGUUGCUUGUGGCCUGAAAUAGACCGAUUUGAUUCGAACGAUAUACUGUAUGCAGUGUGCUGUUAAUGCUCCAAUAUUAACUUCCGUAUUAACCGGACAUGACCGAUUUGUCGACCAUCAGCUGGGACAGCUGUAAACCUUAGUUAAUUAAGUUAUGCACUGCUGAAUAAACGCAUUUGAAUUCGAGUUAAAUCUAAAAAUAAAUGUCUUUCUGACUAUAAGCAGAAAUAUACCGAAAACAAAACACCAGUGAAAAAAAGUAAAUAUAAA